CCUAGGUCCACCUAUUUAAGGACCAGCCACUGGUGGUUCCUGUCCAGGAGGACCCCUCUGGGUAUGGAAGAAGAGGCUGCAGGACCCCCUGCCCCCCGUGACUGCCACUACUACCCCUUGGACCUGUACGAUGCUGAGGACAGGCUGGCCCUCCUCCCCACAGACCUGGCCGGCCCGGCCCCGCAUCGUCCGCAGGACAAUGCUGAGGAGCUGGCCCAGUUGUACGGACUUGAGGACACGGAGGAGCUUGGGGACGAACUAGCAGAAGACGAGGUGCUGCAGCCCGGGCUGUGCGAGUUGGCACCAUACUCCCUGAGGAGGAGCCAGGCUACCCAUGAGCAGAGAGGCCGGAGGCCAGGCGGGGAAGCCAUGGGGACCGAGGACCUGGGCUGGAGUGGCUGGGGCCCGGCUGGUGCAUGCCAGGACCUGCGGGAGGCCUAUCGGUACACGCACGGCCGCGCCAGUGAGGACUAUGAGUGCUACGUCAUCCCUGAGGAGGAGGACGAGGAGGAGGCGCCUGAUGGCUUCUGCGUCACUUGCAGAAUUCCCGUGAGAGGCUCUGAGGCAGCUUCUGAGGAGCACCGGGAGCAUGAGGUGACCCCACUCAGCAAGGCCCUGGAAGGUGCCCGGGACGAGAUUCACAAGAACAUGUACAAGCUGGAGCAGCAGAUCCUGGAGAUGGAGAACUUUGCCAGUCACCUGGAGGAGGUGUUCAUCACUGUGGAGGAGAACUUUGGGAAACAAGAACAAAAUUUUGAGUCUCAUUACAACGAGAUCCUGGAAACGCUGGCUCAGAAAUACGAAGAAAAGAUCCAGGUUCUCGGGGAGAGGAAGAGAGAGAAGCUGGGAGCCCUGUACAGGCAGCUGGUAAGCUGCGGGGAGAACCUGGACACGUGCAGGGAGCUGAUGGAGACCGUGGAGGAGCUGUGCCACCAGGGCAAGGCUGAAUUCCUCAGGGAUGCUCUGGUGAUGGCUGACAGGCUGGGGGAGUUCCUGAAGACAGAGACGGACGUGGAGAUCACAGGGCAGCCUGACUUGGAGGACCAGACCUUGGACUUCUCGGAUGUGGAGCAGCUGAUGGAGCAUAUCCACUCCACCCCAGCUCCAUCCGCUCCCGUGAUAAACCCACAGGCCCCCAACUCGGCCACUGGGUCAUCGGUGCGCGUGUGCUGGAGCUUGUACUCGGAUGACACGGUGGAGAGCUACCUGCUGAGCUACCGGCCCGUGAGGGAUGGCUCUCCCGGGACUGAGUCAGCAGAGCUAACGAUGACUGUCAAAGAGACGUACUGCUCUGUGCGAAACCUGGCCCCCAACACCCAGUACGAGUUCUGGGUCGUGGCUCAAAACCAAGCCGGGUCUAGUCCCGCCAGCGAGCGAGCCGUGUACAUGACAGCGCCCUCCCCUCCGGUCAUCAGGACCCGGGAACUGCGGAGCUGCGAGGAGGCCGCACUCAUCUGCUGGGACUCGGGGAACCUCAACCCUGUGGACUCGUACACGGUGGAGCUGACCCCCGAGGAGACUCCUGACAUGUCGGGUGUGACUGAGUCUGUGGUGGGCAUCCCCACCUGUGAGGCCCUGGUACAGCUACAGCCACGGCAGAGGUACACCAUCUCCGUGCGGGCCCUCAACGUGGGGGGACCCAGUGCCCGCAGCCAGCCCGCCACCGUGCACACCACAGGCAGCUGUUUCCCCCUGGACCCCAACACCUGCCACCCCUGGCUGAGCAUCUCCGAGGAUGAAGACGGACUUAGGGUGGUGCGACGUGAGCAGAAACGCGCCGAGAAGGGGCCGCCCCCCAGCAGCACCCGCUUCUCCAGGUGUGUCGCUGUCCUGGGGAACCUGAUUCCCGUCCGAGGCCGCCACUACUGGGAGGUGGAGGUGGACGCGCAUCUGGACUACACAGUAGGCGUGGCGCUGGGGGACGUGCCCAGGCAGGAGGACCUGGGGGCCAACCGCCUCUCCUGGUGCAUGCGACACACAUCGGCCAGGCCACGGCCCAAGUAUGCGUUUCUGCACAACAAGACAACGCCAGACAUUUGGAUCACAGUGUCCCCGCGGAGGGUUGGUGUCCUCUUAGACUACGAGAACGCGAAACUCUCCUUUUUCAACGUGGACAUUUCUCAGCACCUGUUCACCUUCAGCUGCCCAUUUCCCCACUGCGUACACCCCUGCUUCUCUCUGGAGCAGCCCGGAAGCCUGAAGAUACACCAAGGCAUCCCUGUGCCCACAUGGGCUGCUCUCUACUAGACCCAGGCCUUCCGCCCUCGCCCGCCCGGAAUCCAGGAGCCCAGCACAGUACAGGCGCGUGGGAUUAACUAUCACGUCCCAUGGCCGGAGUCUCGCGCUGCCCGCUACCACCUGUGACCGCGCCAUGUUGCCUGCUGAGCUGUGGAGUGGCAGCGCGGACCCAGGACUGAGAGUCCUUUUUGCUAUCCACAGUUACAGUCCACUCAGCAGUUCCUCAUCAGCUGAAACUGCCUCGAGUAGCAUUAGGACAUGGCAAACGCAGCAAGUCUGAAUUCAGGAUUGUAAGGUUCUGUGGACUAUUCCACACGGAAUUUGGUGAUCCUGGAUAAAAUCUCAGCGCCUGACAUUUUCAAUAAAAUUUUAUCUGGUAAAGAAAAG